GUUACGUCUCGAGAAAGUCCAUCCUACGUACGAGUGGCGGAUGGCCGAAGCCUAAACCGCCUAAAGAUAGCAGUAAAUAAAGGCACGAGAAAAGAAAUAAGGAAAGAAAGAAAGGGUUUAAUUAACCCAAAUAAAUAAAGAAAUAGGAAGGGGAAGCGGCCAUUUCACCGAACACUUGUUAGACCUUCCCUUCUCUUUCGCUCCUCUUCGCCAUUUCUAUCUCCUCAACCAUUUAUCCUUCAGGUUUCUUUGCUCUCUCUCUCUCUCUCUCCUCUUCUCUUUCUUUUGUGUUCUGGUUCGGCCACGAUUCUUCUCUUCCUCCUUUUCCAUCCAAUCUUGUAAUGGUGACGGUUGCCCGCCUCUUUCGAUCGUGCUUGUAGGGGGGCUAGGCCCCGCGGCUGCCCUCCCUCCUCCCCCUCCUCUGGUUGCCGCCCCUCCCGCGAUUAAGAGAUGGAGACCCCGUGGGACCGCCCUGCGCCGCGCGUGGCGGGAGAAUGAGGGGCCGGCGCCGCGCCACCAACGGGAGCGGGGUGAUGGAUCUGGCCUUCGCGGAGACCCUGGCCGUCGCUCGCGCGUGCUUCAUGCGGUCGGCCUACGGUCCCUACUCCGUCUCGUUCGAGGCGUUCCCCGCAGUUCGCCGUCGCGGCCGGAUCGUCCCGCGGCGGCUCUGAUACCUUUCCCCUUCCCUCCCCUCCCUCGUUUCCUUCUUCAUCUGUAGUGUUCGUCUCCAAGAUUUAGUUGCUCUCUCUGUUCUUGUGGUUCUUCUUGUUGUUGUUGUGAAUGGAACCGCUUUUCAUAAACGGAUUCCCCGGAAACUUGGGGAUCGGUGGCAACGGCGGCAGCACAUUGGAUACGGAGUGCGUCGAGAUUGAUCCCACCGGACGAUAUUUUCGUUACAAAGAGAUUUUGGGCAGAGGAGCAUUCAAGACCGUUUAUAAAGCAUUCGAUGAGGUUGAUGGGAUAGAAGUUGCAUGGAAUCAAGUUAGAAUUAACGAGGUGCUGCAAUCUGCUGACAACCUUGAACGGUUGUAUUCUGAGGUUCACCUGCUGAAGUCCUUGAAUCAUGAAAACAUCAUCAAAUUUUACACCUCAUGGGUUGAUGAUCAAAACAAGACCAUCAACAUCAUUACUGAGCUGUUCACUUCUGGAAGUCUGAGGCAAUACCGUAAAAAGCAUAAACAUGUGGACAUGAAGGCAAUAAAAAGCUGGGCAAGGCAAAUCCUUCGAGGUCUAGAGUACCUCCAUGGCCACAAACCUCCUAUUCUUCAUAGAGAUCUGAAAUGUGACAACAUUUUUGUGAAUGGCAACCAUGGAGAAGUUAAAAUUGGUGACCUUGGGUUGGCCGUUGUCAUGCUACAGCCCACCGCUCGAAGCGUUAUUGGUACUCCUGAGUUUAUGGCCCCAGAGCUCUAUGAGGAGGAGUACAAUGAAUUAGUUGACAUUUAUUCUUUUGGUAUGUGCAUGUUGGAGAUGAUUACGCUUGAAUAUCCAUACAGUGAAUGCAAGAAUCCAGCUCAGAUUUACAAGAAAGUCAUGUCGGGGAUAAAGCCUGCUGCUCUUGCUAAAGUAACGGAUCCUCAAGUACGCCAUCUUAUUGAAAAAUGCUUAGUUUCUGCUUCAGAGAGGUCGCCUGCCAAGGAGCUCUUGAAAGAUCCAUUUCUUCAAAAUAAUAGCAUCAAGGAACCUCUUCCAGACCAUGUUCAGCCUUCCAGCAGUAUCUUUAAUAUGAUGAAUCUACCUUCAAGUCCUCUAUCCAUGGACAUUGACUCUGAUUACAAACCACUUCCAACUAGUACUGGCACCGAGAAUAGUAAUUUAACAGCGGUUACGCCUGCAUUGGAAUUCCAAAGAACUAAUAGAAAUAAUGAAUUUAGACUGAAAGGAGAGAAAAAUGAUGACAAUUCUGUGUCGCUAGUUUUGCGUAUAGCUGACACUUACGGUCGAGUGAGGAAUAUCCAUUUCCUGUUCUACUUGGAUUCGGAUACGGCACUCGCAGUCGCUGCAGAAAUGGUGGAGCAACUAGAUCUAUCUGAUUACGAUGUCGUCUUUAUAGCUGAUUUUAUUGAUUUCUUGAUCAUGAAACUCAUACCUGGUUGGAGACCUGCUGCUGAUCACUGUUCCAGCGAGAACUUGAGCCAAAGCAAGGAAUACGGAGCUUACGACAAUACUGAACUUUUAUCCGAGUUAUCUCCACAAUCUAGUGUUUAUUUCGAGGUAGGUUAUGAGCAUGCUGAUUUAUCUCAGUUGAACUUAGGAGCCACAGUACUGGAAACUGCAGAAAAUGAUGAUGGCACAUCAUAUAAGAAGAUGGAUGAGGCAAUUUCACCUGUCAAUUAUGAUUCUGUUUGGAGUGGGGUUAAUGGGGCAGACAAGGUUUCUCAACGGUCGGCCACUUCAGUUAUGUUUGUUGGGAGUUCCAAAAGCUUCAGUGGGUAUAACACUGAUGUCGAUUCCAAAGGAGACAGGGGUGCUUGUGAUGUUGUCGACGGACUCUCUCUGAAGGACUCUUCGACACCCUCCCUAACCGACAAAGAUCAUAAUGAGUUGAGGGCGGAGCUUGGCAUGAUUGAAUAUCAAUACCAGCGCUGGUUUUAUGAGCUAUCGACAAUGCGAGAGGACGCAUUGCAGAAUGCCAGAAAGAGGUGGUCCACAAGGAAGAGUGGGGUUUAAUUGUAUCCUUCUCUUCCUUUUACAUCUCAAAAUGUUCUCUUUGAUCAUUUUGUCUCUUUCUUUUUUUUUUUGGUCAUCAUAUGGAUUUUUUUUAUUGUUUGUCGGGUAACCUUGUGGAAUGUUCAUUUUAUUUUAAGUUAAAAUAUAGUGUGUAAGUGUAUCA